AGUACGCAUCGGGCGUUCGUGAGGGGAGGACGUCUUCGUCGCUCCGUAACACGUACCGGCAUCACAUAAAGAGAGAAAAAACGCGUCCAACACAACCGUCCUUUUUGUACAGUAUUGUGACAGUGUUUGUUGCCUCUGAAGUGUAUCGAUGGGAUUUUCAAAAUAAUUCGUUCGCAGUGGACUAUUCGCAUUGAAAAUAUAUUUUUACACACAUUUUUAUAGUGGUAACUCUAGUGCAGUGAACAGUGAAGUGAAAUGAGCCACGAUUGUUAACCGCAUUUAUAAUGUCGAAGACUUUAAACGCGUACAGAAUAAAGAAGAUCGAGUCCCUAGGCAGGAUGACGGCGAUGACGCAGGAGGAAAUGGUGGCCGGCGCGCGUACGGUCGCCGCCGGGCUGGAGGCGCUGCGGGCUGAACACGCGCAGCUCCUCGCCGGCCUGGCAGCCAACACCGAGCACGAGCAUGAGAAGGCAGCGCUGGUGAGGAAGAGCAUCGACGCGAUCGAGCUCGGGCUGGGAGAAGCACAGGUAAUGAUGGCCCUAGCCUCCCAUCUGCAAUCAGUUGAGGCGGAGAAGCAAAAGCUUCGCACGCAGGUGCGCCGGCUGUGCCAGGAAAACGCGUGGCUCCGCGACGAGCUGGCCGCCGCCCAGCAGCACCUCCAGGCCUCAGAGCAGAGGGUCGCGCAGUUAGAAGAGGAGAACAAGCAUCUGGAUUUCAUGGCUUCUAUACGCAAAUACGACAGUGACAUGACCGAAGAGUCGGAGAACAACCGCAGCGGGCAGGGCGAGAAGAAGCGCGACGAUCCCAUGGUGGAACUGUUCCCAGACGACGACCACGAGGACAACAGGAAUAACAAAUCGAUGUCCCCAACCCCGCCGAUGCACUUCGCCCAACAAGUGAACGCGGGCUACGAGAUUCCAGCUCGCCUGCGCACGCUGCACAACCUGGUGAUCCAGUACGCGUCGCAGGGACGGUACGAGGUCGCCGUGCCGCUCUGCAAACAGGCCCUCGAGGACCUGGAGAAGACCUCGGGACACGAUCAUCCCGACGUCGCCACUAUGUUGAAUAUUCUCGCGCUUGUGUACAGAGAUCAAAACAAGUACAAGGAAGCGGCCAACCUGCUGAACGACGCGCUAUCCAUCCGCGAGAAGACGCUCGGCGAGAACCACCCGGCCGUCGCCGCCACGCUCAACAACCUCGCCGUGCUGUACGGGAAACGAGGAAAAUACCGCGAGGCGGAGCCACUGUGCAAGCGCGCGCUGUGCAUCCGCGAGGCCGUGCUGGGCCGCGACCACCCCGACGUGGCCAAGCAGCUCAACAACCUGGCGCUGCUCUGCCAGAACCAGAACAAAUAUGAGGAGGUGGAGCAGUAUUACCAGCGCGCGCUGGAGAUAUACGAGAGCAAACUCGGACCCGACGACCCUAACGUGGCCAAGACAAAGAACAACCUCGCUUCUUGCUAUCUCAAACAGGGCAAGUACAAGGAGGCCGAGACUCUUUACAAGCAAGUGCUGACGCGAGCACACGAGAGAGAGUUCGGCACUAUCGACGGUGAUAACAAACCGAUCUGGCAGGUGGCAGAGGAACGUGAGGAGAACAAACACCUUCAGAAGGAGAACGCUCCUUACGGCGAGUACGGUGGUUGGCACAAAGCUGCCAAGGUGGACUCGCCAACAGUGACAACCACUCUAAAGAACCUGGGAGCUCUGUACCGACGUCAGGGCAAGUACGAAGCCGCCGAGACACUCGAGGACUGCGCCCUCCGCAGCCGAAAGGAGGCGUUGGACAUCGUGAAGCAGUCGCGCGCCCGGAGCGCCCGCCACGGCUCGCGCGACAACAUGGAGCACCACGACCACCACGACGAGGGCACGAACCAAGCGAGCGAGCCACGCAUGAACCUUAAGUCAAAGUUGUUCAAUGCGCUAGGAAUCAACACGGGGAGCAAUGCGCCGCACCAGUAGUGUAGACUUAGGUUUAGACCUAGAAUUAGAUACUAAGUACUCACUCGCUUCACGCGUACACGGUCCUAUAACUCGUCUUGGAAAAGCAUAUGACGAUGGUGCUAUUUUUAAUGUGAACGAUAUAUCAAAAAUAAUCGUUUUGAUAUAUUAAAUCUAUCGAUAAACCGUGCUGUACCUGUCGAUAUCGCUUAUCGAUUAGUGAUUAAUUUCCGAUUUAAUAAUGUGUGCAAUUUGAUUAACUUUAAUGAGCCAUCGUUGUACUCUCGUCUGAGAUUUUAUAUUCUCGCUCACUAUUAAAGGAUCAUGUACGUUCACACAUUAUACCGCGCCAUUUUGAAUUUUGCUAUGACAAGAAGGUCAUCGCAGAAUUCGAUGUGUCGUUAUUAAUAGCUUAGUAUUAUUUAUUAGCAUGCGGUAGGUUAAUUUUAUGGAAGAAAAUCUAAAAAAUUACAAAGUGUGAUAGUGAGAAAUUAUUAUCGAAGCAUGCAUGCCGUCCGUGUCGAUAUUGAAAUACAAAUGCAAAUAUGGCGGCGGAACGUUUAUAGUAAUUUUAUGUUGGUGACCGCGUAAAAUCAUGCUGAACUCCAUUUCUGCCACUUAGGUACAAAAUAAAGUAUCUACUUCCAAUUGUCGAUGAAAAUCAUCGACUCGUUGUGUUAGAUGUGUGAAAUGGGGCGUUAUAAUUUUUGAGAAUCUAAUUUGAAAUUUUUUUGCAUUUAUUUCAUUAUAAAUCAUCCCGAUAUUAUAAUAUACAAUAUAUUUUAUAUAAAUAGUCGCAUGUUAAAACAACGAUUUUAUUUUAUUCGCUUACAAUUUUGAAUAUCGUUUCUUUUUUUAAUUUGCUGAUGUGAUUUUCAUGUUCCAAGGAUGCAUGGGAAUUGUUUUAUGUUUUUUUUUUACCAUUAUAAUAUGUAAUAUAUUUAGCUACAGUUAUAUUUGCGUCAAUUUUCAUUCCAGUGUUGUAGCGUAAUCGGUUUAAGCUUUAUGAUAGUAUAGGAGGUAAAUAGAGGCCGGGUUAUGUGCAGCAUGUGUAUUAUUUUUGUCGUUAGUAAACUUCCACUAAGCACAUAUUGAAAUAAAUUAAUCGAUUCAUCUAUUGACUAAGAAUCGAUAAUCGAAGCUUUUAUAUAAAUGUGGGAUUAUUUUUAUGUUUGGCAGUAGACAUUUUUUACAUAAUUCCUAGUGUUUUAAGUGCGAAAAUAGUACGAAAAUUUGAGCAAAAAUAGUAUCAUUAAAACGUAUAAGAGACAUGCGUGCACAAAAUCCGGUCUCUAGUGAUAAAUAUUAUAGUAUUUUUAUAUACAAUUGAAUUUUUUAUUUGUAUGUGGGUGCUGCUUGAGAAUGCAAUUUUUUACUCUGUGUACACUAGAUUUUAAAUGAAAGAGACAGUUUUAGCAGUUUACAAUGAAUCUCCACGCAAUUCGCAAUUCCACGUCACAAGGUUUGAAAUUGGAUGUUUUAAUAUUGGCUCGAAAUGUCGUCGAAUGAUAAUUUUAAAUUGUUAAUAAAUAUUUAUGUAACAUUA